GAAGUCAGUGCCCCUUUCCCCCUCUCUCCUGCUCCAUCUCCCAGCCCAGCCUGGCCCCCGGCUGCAGGACAGCCCCGCUGCCGACGCCGUCCUGCUGGGGACGCACUGGGGGGAUCUCCUUCCCCUUCCCUCUGGCACGGAGGCAAAUCCCAUCCUCUCCUUGUCCUUCCUCCCCCAGACAAGGAGCUGAGGAUGGAGACCAGGGAUGACAAAUCUCCACGGCAGAACCUCAUGGAAGAGGCCGUUUUGAACAGCUCCAUGGCACAGGAACACAAAGGGGAGGAAAAUCCUUGGAGGUCCCACAGGAGGAGGGGCUGCAAACCCAGCUCAGGGUGCUCUGAGGAGGAAAGACCCACCCUGUGCCAGGAAGGUGGACAGAGCUCCAGGCAGAGCUCAGAGCUGGUGGUCCAUGAGCAGAUUCACCAUGGGAAGAAGCCUUACAAGUGCUUGGAGUGUUGGAAGAGCUUCAGGCAGAGCUCUGACCUGAUCCGCCACCAGAUGAUCCACACCGGGGAAUGGCCCUACAAGUGUGGGGAGUGUGGGAAGGGUUUCAGCUGCAGCUCAGCCCUCGUCAUCCACCAACGCAGCCACACUGGGGAGAGGCCCUACCAGUGUCCCGAGUGUCAGAAGAGGUUUCAGACCAGCUCCUGUCUCCUUCGUCACCAGCGGAUCCACACGAAGGAGAGGCCCUUCCACUGCCCCGACUGCAGGAAGGGCUUCAACCGCAACUCCACCCUCAUCACCCACCGGCGCCUCCACACUGGGGAGAGGCCCUACGAGUGUCCCCAGUGUGGGAAGAGCUUCACCCAGAGCUCUAACUUGACCAGACACCAGAGGAGACACCGGUAAGGGAAGCCCUGCAAAUGCCCCAACUGCAGGAGGAGCUUCAUGAACUGCUCCAGCUUCAACUCCCAUAGGAGAGCCCACGUUGGUCAGAGCCCUGGUGAUCCAUGUUCCCUGUGAUCCGUGCUGGGAAGACACCUUCUCCUGGCCCUGCCAAUGACCUGAUGUGGGAUUGAAGAAUAUGAGGGUCUGGCCAUGGCCCUGUCAUUACAUUCACUCCCACCUCAGGUCAUUGCCAGGGGCAGGAAAGGGACUCUUUCUCUCUCCCUGAGGAUAAGAGUGUCCUUUCCCAGCAGGAGGAAAUACGUGGCCGGAAGACCCAGUCAGUUAUUUUGUAUUUUUCCCUGUAAAUAGUGUUUCUUUAUCCCUUCUGCUAUCAAUAUUGUUUCUGUUCCUGUUUGUUCCUUGACUCUUUGCUGUUCCCAAUAAAUUGUUCUUAUCCCAGCCCGGGAUCACAGGCACUCACAGGGGUUCCUGUCAUGGGCAGAGUGGGAGCUUUAGGCAAA